AUGUCUAAGCUUUGCAAGAGCACCGCGCCGGGCCGAGAGCGUCCAUCCGAAAUCCCGGCGUUGAAAGUGGACCCGGCAAAGGUCACCGACAUCUUCUUCGACUUCGAUGGCACUUUAACGGCUUCAAACAAAGAAGGGGUGUCUGGAUAUGUUCUGCCCUUGCUGGAAAGAUGUGCGGGGCUUCGCAUUUCCGACUGUAUUGAGGGCCCUGGCCGUGGCCGCGACGUACUAACCUGGAAGGAGUUGGACCUUCGCAUGGCAGCUGCCGUGCCAGAAGCAGAUCUAGGCCUUUCCGGCGAAAAAUCCUUGCUGGGCAGCCUGGAAGUUCGUCAGCGUCUGGAAAGCUCCCUAAAGCUGCUGGUUUCUUCCGGAGUUCGACUGCAUCUGCUGACCAUGGGCACACCGCAGACGUCGAAGGCAUUGCUUGGGGCAGCUGGUUUUGAUCUGAGUCUGUUCUGCAGCUUUCUGGGCCCCUUUGACAUGGCAAUGCAUCAGUCACUUCGAAACCUCUUUGAUAAUGGCGACAUGGACGGGCAAGAGGCAGCUGAAAGCUUCGAGUUCGACGUCCAGGAAGAUAUUGACGCUCUGCACCACUUGCAACGAACAGGAGAUGAGAGAGAUCAGAAUCCCACACUGCAGCGCAUUAUGACCAUGGAGAAGAGGCUUUCCAAAGCGGCGCUCAUUCUCUCUCUGGUUGGCGAGGGCGGUCUUCUUGUGGAUGACAACUACUCAAAGAACAUCUUCGACGCACAUAGCAAAGAUGCUUGUUGGCAUUUCGUCAUCUGUAUGGGAGUUUCCGAAAAUAGGGGACCCUAA